UAUUUCGAUUCGAGAUUCAAAAAGUUAACGGCAAUUUUACCGGGCUGUCUCGAUUGCCUACAAUGGCAUUUCAAACUCCCAAAAACAAACAUUGAAAUAUUCAAAACAAUGAUUUAAGGACUUCGUUACUAGUUUAUAGUUAGAAAGACAACAUGGAGCCAUCGAAGGAGGCUAUCGCUGUACGGAUUUCACGGUUAAACCGACAAAUUUUAGGCAAAGUGUCUGCGGGAUCAAGUAAAUUUAGUAAAAAGACGAUAGACCGCGAAGCAUUGCUUGAUGCUCUCACAGUGCUUUACGAUGAGUGUAACGAUGAUCCGGUCAAGAAAUGUGAUGAUUUGGUUCGCGCCUUCGUGGAUAAAUACCGCAGCACAUUGGCCGAGCUGCGCAGGAUCCGUGUCUGCAUAUCAGACUUUGAAAUUCUACACACCAUUGGCAGGGGCCAAUUUGGAGAUGUGCAUAUGGUGCGAGAGAAAGAGACGCAUGACGUGUAUGCGCUGAAAUGCGUGCGCAAAGAAGAGGCGCGAAAGCGCGUCGUGGGCGCUGCGGACGAGCGCGACGUGCUCGCCAGCGCUGCAGGGCCGUGGGCGCCCAAGUUACAAUACGCCUUUCAGGAUAACACGACUCUCUACCUAGUAAUGGAGCUAUGCUCGGGCGGCGACCUGGCGGGGCUCCUCUCCCGCCGCCACAACCCGCUGUCGGAGCGCGACGCCGCCUUCUACGUGGCCGAGGUGGCGCACGCGCUGAAGGCACUUCAUCAGCUCGGCUUCGUUCAUAGAGACGUGAAGCCGCACAACAUUUUGAUAGACCGCUGCGGGCACGUGAAGCUGGGCGACUUCGGGUCGUGCACUCGUCUGGCGGACGGGUCGGCGAGCGCGGCCGUGGGCACGCCCGACUACGUGGCGCCGGAGCUGCUGGCCGCGGCGGACUGCGCGCGUCGCCACGCCGUGUGUGCCGAGUGCUGUCGCGGGAUUGAGCAUACUGCGCUUUCUGCAUGCGACUACUGGUCGCUGGGCGUCGUGGCCUUCGAGCUGGUGACCCUCCGGAGACCUUUCUCCACUGGGGAUGACGACUCCAUUGCGACCAUAUUGAACAAUAUACAAAAGUACGAGCGGUCCCCGGACUCGGAGCCACCUUUCGAAGCUCCUCCCGACGGGCCGUCCUCGGCGUGGCGCGCGCUGGUGGCGGGCCUGCUGCGCGUGGCGCCCUCGCGGCGGUUCAACUACCUCGACACGCUGCAGCAUCCGUCGCUGGCGCAUCUCUCCGUGCACUCCAUACGAGAUCAGGCGCCGCCUUGGGUGCCGCGCGUGCGCGGGCCGGAGGACGCCUCGUGCUUCAGCCCGCCGCCGCGCGAGGCGCCACCGGUCUCCGCGGCGCCCUUCCGCGCGCGCCCGCCCUUCGCGGGACAGCUGCCCUUCGUCGGUUACUCCUAUGUAGCGCACGACGAAACCGAAGAUAACUCUACGUCUUCGGGCUUCAGCGCGUCCCACGAUUGCACUGCUAUAGAUCUCGCUACUUUUAAGUCGUCUGAGAAGCUCCUAGCGUCACGUGGUCGCGAAAUUGCGUCGCUACAGAGCAAGCUAGCGGCGGCGGAAGCCGCGGCCGGCGCCGCCGCGGAGAAAGUCCGGCGCGCCGCCGACGCCGAGCACGAGCGCACCAGGGCGCGCCUGCAGGCAGAGAUCACCGCGCUCAGUCUGCAGAACAAACGUUUAGAACGCCAAAUCGAGAUCGAGAAAGAAGAGCGCAUGGCCCUAGAGCGCACUAACCAGAAGCUCGCCUCCGCCGCCUCCGACCGAAACAACGCCGAGCUGCGCGUGGCCCAGGCGCAGAACGAGGAUCUGGCGAGCGAGCGGGACGGACUGAGGGAGGACAUGGCGCGGCUGGAGGCGAGAGUGAGCGAGAUGCAGACGGAGUGCGCUAGGGCUGUCGCCGCUGCGGACACUGCGAGGGCGCAGCAUAAGCAUUAUAAGGAUAUACUCGAAAAAGUUCAAGAUUUAAGGCACAGAACGCUGACAGAGCUCAACGUGCGGGCGAUCGACACAAUAGCAAAAGAGCGCGCGCUCCGCCGCCAGACCCUCAGCGGUGGCGAGGCCGAAACCCGCGAGGCGGGCGCGCGCGCCGCCGCCGCCGAGGCCUCCGCGGCGCGCGAGGCCCGCGCCCGCGAGCAGGCCGAGAAGCGCCUCGCCGAGGCCGAGGCCGACGCGAGAGAGUUGAGAAAGGAGCUGGAGGACGUUCGACUACAAUUUACUUCCGUGCAGGAAUCCCUGGGAGAGAAGCAGCGGGUCGCGACAGCAUCAACGGAGCAGCUAAAGGAAGCUCAGAUACAACUCACGCAGGAGCGCGUCCGAGCUUCCACGCUGGCCGCUCAAGUGCAGGAGCUCCAGCGCAGUAUACAGGAAGCGGCCAGUCGCGAGGCAGCAUUGGAAGAGCAGUGCUCACGCACGGAGGCACGCUUCAACGAGCGCCUCGACGCGGCCGAGGCGCGCGCCGCGGCCGCCCUGCAGGACGACGCGAGGCACCGCGAGAAGGUGAACACCCUCGAGCAACUCGUCCGGCAGCUAGAGCGCGAGGUGACAGCGCUAGAGAACCGCGCGUGCGUCAACUGCGAGGCGCGCAACACGCCGCACGGCUCGCCGCACAAGUCGCAGAGCGACACGGAGAGCUUGGCCGACGCGCAGCAAACGGCGCAGGUGCACGUGCUGAAGGAACAGUUGGAACGCGCCGAGGCUCAACUUCAGACGCGUGCGGAAGAAAUAGCCGCUUUACGCCAAGAAGCUAGAUCUGCUAACUUAGCCAGAUGGCGCAAGGAGCGCGAGUUAAACGAGCUGUCAUUAGAAUCCAAAUCAACCGCUCGCGACCUGAAACGUGCGGAGGAGCGCUUAACCGCCGUCCUGGAGGCCAAACGGACCGCCGAGAGGAAAGCCACAGAAGUCCGGACUGAACUCGAUGCACUGAAGCCUCAGCAUGAGCAGGCGACCAAGGAGGCCGAGAGGGCUAAGCAGCAGUUAGCUGCGUUGCAGAAACGGCAUGAGACGGCUCAAGCCGAAGUUGAUCGAUCUCGCAACGACAUUCGUAAGCUGAAGAGCGAGCUUCAAUACAGCGAGAAGCGCCGACUCCAUGCCGAAGAACAAGAGGAGAUGAGCAGCCGCGAGCGCGCGCAACUACGCGACGAGAACGUCGAACUACGCGCACACAACACCGAGUUAGCGCAGAAUAAUAAAGCGUUACAAGAAGCGUGUAGCCUGUUGGAAGAACAACUGAUAGAUUUGGAAAAGUUAUCAGAUUUGAACGAAGGGAAGAGCAAAGAUCACGAGUGCGAAGUGCAACGUCUACGCGCGGAGCUGUCCGCGGCGCAGGAGAAGCUAGGCAGCGCUCUGAGCGCGUGCGCGUCGCGCUCCGCAGAGGUCGCGGCAGCCACGCAGGACCUCGAGCGCACCCGCGACCAGCACAAGCAAGCCACCGCGCAGGUGCAGCUGCUGCAGGAGCGAAUCGAGCGCGCAGAGUGUUGCGUGGCGUCGCUGGAAGCGCGCUGCGCCGCGCUGGAGAGCGAGCGGGCGGGCGCGCAGGCCGCGCUGGGCAGCGCCGCGCGCCGCGUGCGCGACCUGCAGGAGGAGUGCGCCGCGCUGCGCACCAGGGCGCACGACCACCACGAGCUGGCGCUGCAGCUGCGGGCGCAGCUCGACGAGGCACAGGAGCAGUUGGAGAGCGCCCGCGAGGCGGCGGAGGCGGCGACGGCGUGGUGGCGCACGCGCGAGACCAAGGCCGACGCCACGCUGCGCCAGCAGGCCAAGCUCAUCGACUUCCUGCAGGCCAAAGUGGAAGAGGCGGGACGAAAGAAGUGUUCCCUGGGCAACAAGCUGUUCGGCCGCUCGGGCCGUCGCACCAACGCCUCGCCGCCGCUGCGCCGCGCCAACAGAGAGUUACGAGAAGAAGUGGACCGAUUGCGCGCUAAACUGGCCGCUACUAAAUCUCUCGACGAAAGCAAUUGCCCUCCGACACCGAGACGUGAGAAAAAAACUCCGAAUGGGACCGUAAAAAGUAUCGAUACGCUUGAUGCACGGACGGACGCACGGAUAAAUUCUUCACAGGAGUCAUUCUUACAAAUAGUAUGGCGAGACGGCAGCCGCGAGCGCAUGGCGGCGCGCCUGUGCGACGGCGCGCUCGUGCUGCGCGCCGGCAGCGAGGAGCUGCACGCGCGCCGGGCCGGGGACCACGCGGCCGGCCUGCCCUUCAACGAGGCCGGCAGGGCCUUCACGUACAUGGCGGCGCGCCUGUGCGACGGCGCGCUCGUGCUGCGCGCCGGCAGCGAGGAGCUGCACGCGCGCCGGGCCGGGGACCACGCGGCCGGCCUGCCCUUCAACGAGGCCGGCAGGGCCUUCACGUACAUGGCGGCGCGCCUGUGCGACGGCGCGCUCGUGCUGCGCGCCGGCAGCGAGGAGCUGCACGCGCGCCGGGCCGGGGACCACGCGGCCGGCCUGCCCUUCAACGAGGCCGGCAGGGCCUUCACGUACAUGGCGGCGCGCCUGUGCGACGGCGCGCUCGUGCUGCGCGCCGGCAGCGAGGAGCUGCACGCGCGCCGGGCCGGGGACCACGCGGCCGGCCUGCCCUUCAACGAGGCCGGCAGGGCCUUCACGUACAUGGCGGCGCGCCUGUGCGACGGCGCGCUCGUGCUGCGCGCCGGCAGCGAGGAGCUGCACGCGCGCCGGGCCGGGGACCACGCGGCCGGCCUGCCCUUCAACGAGGCCGGCAGGGCCUUCACGUACAUGGCGGCGCGCCUGUGCGACGGCGCGCUCGUGCUGCGCGCCGGCAGCGAGGAGCUGCACGCGCGCCGGGCCGGGGACCACGCGGCCGGCCUGCCCUUCAACGAGGCCGGCAGGGCCUUCACGUACAUGGCGGCGCGCCUGUGCGACGGCGCGCUCGUGCUGCGCGCCGGCAGCGAGGAGCUGCACGCGCGCCGGGCCGGGGACCACGCGGCCGGCCUGCCCUUCAACGAGGCCGGCAGGGCCUUCACGUACAUGGCGGCGCGCCUGUGCGACGGCGCGCUCGUGCUGCGCGCCGGCAGCGAGGAGCUGCACGCGCGCCGGGCCGGGGACCACGCGGCCGGCCUGCCCUUCAACGAGGCCGGCAGGGCCUUCACGUACAUGGCGGCGCGCCUGUGCGACGGCGCGCUCGUGCUGCGCGCCGGCAGCGAGGAGCUGCACGCGCGCCGGGCCGGGGACCACGCGGCCGGCCUGCCCUUCAACGAGGCCGGCAGGGCCUUCACGUACAUGGCGGCGCGCCUGUGCGACGGCGCGCUCGUGCUGCGCGCCGGCAGCGAGGAGCUGCACGCGCGCCGGGCCGGGGACCACGCGGCCGGCCUGCCCUUCAACGAGGCCGGCAGGGCCUUCACGUACAUGGCGGCGCGCCUGUGCGACGGCGCGCUCGUGCUGCGCGCCGGCAGCGAGGAGCUGCACGCGCGCCGGGCCGGGGACCACGCGGCCGGCCUGCCCUUCAACGAGGCCGGCAGGGCCUUCACGUACAUGGCGGCGCGCCUGUGCGACGGCGCGCUCGUGCUGCGCGCCGGCAGCGAGGAGCUGCACGCGCGCCGGGCCGGGGACCACGCGGCCGGCCUGCCCUUCAACGAGGCCGGCAGGGCCUUCACGUACAUGGCGGCGCGCCUGUGCGACGGCGCGCUCGUGCUGCGCGCCGGCAGCGAGGAGCUGCACGCGCGCCGGGCCGGGGACCACGCGGCCGGCCUGCCCUUCAACGAGGCCGGCAGGGCCUUCACGUACAUGGCGGCGCGCCUGUGCGACGGCGCGCUCGUGCUGCGCGCCGGCAGCGAGGAGCUGCACGCGCGCCGGGCCGGGGACCACGCGGCCGGCCUGCCCUUCAACGAGGCCGGCAGGGCCUUCACGUACAUGGCGGCGCGCCUGUGCGACGGCGCGCUCGUGCUGCGCGCCGGCAGCGAGGAGCUGCACGCGCGCCGGGCCGGGGACCACGCGGCCGGCCUGCCCUUCAACGAGGCCGGCAGGGCCUUCACGUACAUGGCGGCGCGCCUGUGCGACGGCGCGCUCGUGCUGCGCGCCGGCAGCGAGGAGCUGCACGCGCGCCGGGCCGGGGACCACGCGGCCGGCCUGCCCUUCAACGAGGCCGGCAGGGCCUUCACGUACAUGGCGGCGCGCCUGUGCGACGGCGCGCUCGUGCUGCGCGCCGGCAGCGAGGAGCUGCACGCGCGCCGGGCCGGGGACCACGCGGCCGGCCUGCCCUUCAACGAGGCCGGCAGGGCCUUCACGUACAUGGCGGCGCGCCUGUGCGACGGCGCGCUCGUGCUGCGCGCCGGCAGCGAGGAGCUGCACGCGCGCCGGGCCGGGGACCACGCGGCCGGCCUGCCCUUCAACGAGGCCGGCAGGGCCUUCACGAUCACGAUCUCAAAUCCGGACGCUCGGGGCGGCACGGCGGCGGCGGUGUGCGGCGACCGCGCCACGCGCGCGCACUGGCUCGGCGUGCUGCACGCCGCACCCGCGCCCGCGCCGGUUACAGGCUACACGCCGCGCCUGCUGCACGCCGGCGCCGGCAAACCGCUCGCGGCUGCCGUUCUGGCUGAGGAUGCCGUCGCGAUAGGAUGCGACGACGGAUUGCACUCCUUGCGCAGUCCAGUGCGCCUGAGCUUAUCGGAGUCGCCCCCCCGGCGCGUGGCCUGCACGUGCUUGUGCGUGAGCGGCGCGCGCACGCUGCUGGCGCACGGCGGCACGCUGCUGCACGCCGGCACGGCCGCGCUGGCCUCCGCGCUGCGCCGCGCCGAGCAGCUGCAGCCCGCCGUCGCCGUCGACCAAGUGCCGCUGCCCGACGCGGCGCACCCGCAUCUCAUAACUGCGAUGACGGGACCGGGCGCGGACGGGUCGUGCGCGGUGGCGCUGGGGCGGCGCGUGGUGCUGCUGCGGUACGACGCGGCCGCCGCCGCCUACACGGUGUCGCGCGCCUUCGGGCUCGAGCGCGCGCCCGCCGCGCUGCUGCUCACCGCCGCCGCGCUGUACGUGGCCGCCGAGCGCCCGCUGCGGGCCGGCCUGCCCCAGGGCGCGCUGGAGCCCUUCGCCGCCGCCGACCCCACCGUCGCCGCCGCCGCGCGCAGCCGCUCCGCCCCCAAGGCCGUGUUGCUCGUCGCCGCCGACCCCCUCGAGCUGCUGCUGUGCUACGCCGAGUGCGGCGUGUUCGUCGACCACGCCGGCCGCCGCACGCGCUCCGAAGACCCCAAGUGGACCGCGGCCGUCCACGAGUUCGCGUACGUGAAGCCCUUCCUGUACGCGAUCGGCGAGGAUAAAGUGACGAUCGUCCACGUCGGCGAGGAGGCGUACCGCGCGCCCGCCUGCACGUGCGACGCGACGUCGGUGGCCUCGAGCGGCUCCGAGUUGUGCGCGCCGGAGACGUUCAACCUGAAGCUGCCGCAGCCGGCGCUGCUCGGCACGACGCCCGACGGCGUCGUCGUCCGCACGACCCGCGACGACGGCUACCAGGUGUCGGUCGUCAACGGGCUCGCCGCCUUCCGAAGCGUCGGGGCCUCGCUGGAAUCUCUCGACACGGGCUCCGAAUCCUAUAAAGGCUCCACCCCGAAUUUGGCGCGGUCGCUCGCCGACCUGGCGCAGGCGUCGCCGCAGGACACGUCGCUGGAGACCCUCAACGGGGCGACCGGCUUCCUCGCCGACAUCAAGAAACGGGCGCGACAGUUGCGAGAGAAAAAUCGUAGACAAAACCAGAUGGACGCCGAUGACGUCAUCAAGGAGAUCCUGACGACCGAAAUAGGAUUAAAACGAGGGUUAAGUGGUAGAAAGUCCCCGGCGCUCACCUCGGAGUUUGAUUCUGAUUCUGAGUCGCGCAGCGAGCCGGAGUCGGAGGGCUCGCCGCGGGCGGAGGACGUGUGCGCGGAGAUGUUCACGAGGCAAGUUCGCUUCCAGUAGGUUAUGUGAGUGACUCGACCUGAUAUUUUUACUAUUCAUUAAUGAAGCAAUCUUUAUGGAUUCAUACAUUUGGAAAAUAUUUAAGGUAACAGUUUCGUAAAUCAACACGCUCUAAAACCAAAAUCUUUGUACGUUUGCGUUGAUUUCAAAUAAUUACCGCCUUAUAAGACAUAUAAUCCAUAUUUAGCUUCAUCCUUGAAGGACACGCUGCGUUGUUCAGUGUAGCCAAAUUCGAGAAUGCAUAUUUGAUAAGAUUAAUGUACUUAUACUCAAGUAUUCCUAUGAAAAUAGACACUAUUUUGUAUGUAAAUUAAGCAAGCAACGUAUACUGUAAUUUAUAAUAAAUACUCUUAAGUAUUGUAUGUUGUUUAGGUAGAUUAAUUGAAGUCUACAGUAGCAGUGUUUUUUUGUUUGUAUUUAUUUUUUUGAGAAAGUUUGUUCAGUGUGCUGAAAAAAUUAAGUAUAGAUUAAGACUUGCGAAGAUUUUUUUCUUUUGUAGUCAAAAGAGUUAUAAUGUGUCAUUUUUUCGAAAAAAAAAAACUAUGGAUUUUGAACUUCUUCAACAAGAUUAACCAAAAAACGUUUCUCAUGUCAUUUACACAAAAAUGGUAGACAAUUCGAGCUCAACUUUUUAGGCCUUAGGCCAUUGUAAAAAUGUACUUAACUACGAAUCUAUACUACAUUACCACACAAUAGAAGCAAGAAAUCUAACCACAAUUUUAAUGUACUUAAGUUUCAUGACGAAUAUUAUAGUAACAGUAAAAAUGUAAAAUGGUGCACGUAUACUUAAAUAACAGUGAUUGAAUGACUGAGAUGUGACCACUGACCACUGAGAAAAAGUUUAUGAGGUAUUCUAUAAAGGGAUUAACCUUUUCGCCGCCAUUGACUUGAUAUAAAGUCAGUACAUUUCGUACCCCACACGCCACGACUUGAUAUGUUAUAUACGGGUUUUGUACGUGCAAUUUGUGGCUUGGCAUUGAUGGCAUUUUAUUACUUCAUUGACGUGGAGGCGAAAAGGUUAUAUAGGAGAUGAGCUGCAUGUAAUUAUUUUUUUAAUCUCGUUGGUUUUUAACAUUUUUAAAAUUCUGGGAGAUAAAUGAGAGUAGCGAAAGUUCGUAAUGUUAGUACGGUUCCUGAUACAUACUUUGUCAAUGCACAUCAAAAUCUUAUCGCACAGUAUGUGAAUACACUAGUUGUGUAUGAAAAUUUACAAAUAAUGUAAAGUUUACUUUUAAAUUAAAAUAUAGAACGACAACUCGUUCUACAGUCAUAUUAAAUCUACAAGUCUUCUACAUAGUGCUGGGUCAGUUCUAAAGUAUUUGAGCUAUAAAGUACCUAACUAACUAUGGUAAGUUUGCCGCUAUUAAGACUUGGUUAGUGCUUGCCGCGAAAAUAAAUAACUAUUAAUAAAUAUUUUACUGUGAUUUUAUAAUUGACUUUUAAUUCUGCUAGAUUUAGUUUUAAGCAAUAUUUGUUACUUACCAUCUACGAUGACCUGUUAAUAAUAAUAUAUAAUUUUCACAAGCAA